AUGCCCUUUUCCGAGCGGCAAGAUAGAGGGUACUUUCACAGUCGCAACGAUUCCGCAGCUUCGGAGGACUCUGCUAUCUCUGGCGGCGCGUCCAACAUCGGACCUGGCUCCAUCAUCGGGCCCGGUUCCAUCGGCUAUCCACCAACGACUCCUUCCUUAGCCACUAAGUCCUCCUCGCGCCCUUUUGGACAUGCUUCACAGAACUCGACGGGGGUGACGAAGAAGUCGUCGUUUGCGUCACUUCGGAACGCGUUCAAGAGCAAUAAGAACACCACACCCUCGGAUACGCCUCCCGUUCCUGCGCUAGAUCACACCUCCUAUCCCGCCCUGAAGAACCCAUUCAAAUCUGCAGGAGGUCGCAGACCCUCUACUGACGGCGCACGCCCUUCCACGCCCAGCUCUUACAAGUUCGGGCGAUCAUCUAUUUCGAAGCAGAAGACGCAGUCGUUCCGGCCUCAGCACUCGCAGUCCGGAAGCUUGUUUCACGGUUCAGAUGGUGGUAGCGAUCACGGACAUGGGUUUGGGUAUUCGCGCGCCGUGUCUCCACCGCCGGUGCCACCGAUGCCAGAAGGCGCGCGAGAUUAUGGUUCUUUCAGCCAACCAAGCGACAAGGUCGUUUUGGAUCCGAAGACUCCGUCCGAGUGGGCGUUCCAUGCUAUAUUUAUACGGUUCGCUACGGCCGUGGAGAUCAAAGUUGACGCGUUCCUUCGUCAGCCUCUUGAUGCGGAGCCGCUGAUGGCAGAGACUAUUGGGCCUGGCAUCGAUCCCAAAUUCGACGACAUCUUGCGCUCCUUAGGCAAGGUGGCGCAGAAGUCGCCCAAACCUGUGAUCGACUCGAUCUAUCGCUGGCGAAACUCGCAGGAGUCUGAGCCCGUUUCGCCUGAGCUGGUUCGACUGCACGCCAGCCAGUCGCCGCCCCUCACCCGUGGUGUGCCCGCCACCAGCACACCUUCCCGCGCUCGUAUGGACGUUCCUGCUUUGUUACUGGAGAGGAAGACAAUGGUUUCUGUGUACAUCAUGACGCAAGCGUUGAUCUCCAUAAUGCAGGCGAUCUCUGGGGGAAAAGAGGGCAAGGGCGCGACAGCCUUAGACGAGACAACAGCCGUGACGCUCGCGCGGAGCACAUUCAGGGCCUACGUCGAUGCGGACAUGAGGUCCCUUGCGAGCUCGAUGAAUCUGAGACAGAAUGAGGAGAUAUAUGCACGAUUGUUGGGGGAGAUUGCGAAAGUCAGGUUUAUGGCGGUGACGGACCUGUUCCUGUCGCAGUUAGCCCCUAUAGCCGCCGGACAGAUAUCCAAGGAUGUAGAUCUACGGUACGAGAACCUUGUGCGGGGGCUUAAGUACAUACAGAUCAAGGUGUACCCGCCGGAAGCGUUUGAGGAUGGGGCCGAAUUCAUGGAGACGUUCUCCAGGUCUUUCGAGCACGCCCAUGGCGCUCGCCUUAAGACCGCGUUUGCCGAGGUUCUCGUCAGAUUGCUACACCCCAUGGGCAAGACAGCUCAGGCUGAAGUAAACCAUCCGUUAUGGGCGAAGGCAAUCGAGGUCAUAUAUCCCAAAGCCAAAGACAUGAUGUCGAAGCCGAGGUAUUGGCAAGUGGCGUACCCGCUUGCAAUCGCAAGCCUGUGCAUGGCUCCCUCCGAGUACUUCCUUCGCAACUGGAUAUCUUGCUUUGACCUCAGCAUCGUUAGGGUUAAGGAGAAGCCAUUUCGAAUGAUCGCGAUGAAUGGUAUCAUGCGUCUGAUAUGGACCUACCUAUACCGAUGCCACGAGCCGUCAUCAACCGCUACCUCCAAGCUCGAAAACAUCCUCACCCAUUUCUUCCCGUCCAACAAACUAGCAAUCUUCCCGGCCGAUGACCAUCUCGAGCCUCUCGUCUUUAUUGUGCAUUUCGUUCUCUCCCGCCAUUUCGAGUAUGGCACAGAGUUUGUGUUGGAGCUCAUGCAAGAGAAUGCUCUUCGCUCCGCGAACAUGACCAAUAUUGGGGCAACUGUGUCGGCGGAGAGGCUGUCCGUAGCCGUGCAAGCGAUCCUGCUGACUCUGCAUCGCAUCGAGCGUGAGGAAGCUACGCCAACUUGGCCGUCAAGAUGGGACAUGUCGGAGUUGGCAGCCUGGGAGGACUACCCUACCUCUUCGGACUAUCCGUCGGAGGCGCUCAUCACAUCGAAGCAAGGCAUUCCCGACCUUCUGAGCCGACUGGGGCCUGCGCUGACUACCAUCGCUGUUCAUUGCGCCAACGCAAUCGGGAAGAUGUGCCUGUUCGACGAGCAGUACUCGCUGGCGGCAUCAACUGUCUCUUACGAGGAGGCCCACAACUAUAUUGUCCGGAGACAUCCUGAAGGCAGCGUCAUGUAUCACGCCCAAUUCGUCCCACAAAUCAUCAUGCUCGAGACAUGCUUUCGUUCUUGGCCUAGGUUACUCCACUCCUCUCUCCCAAUAGAAGAGGCGCUGGAUAUGCUUUUGCGUGGCAUGGUACACGUGGAGCCCAGCGUUGCGGACGUUGCUUCUCAAGCACUGCGCCGUCUCAUGGGCGACACAGAGCACGCCAGGAUGACGUUGGCGAAGUUCUUCGAGUUCCUCUUUGGAUCGGCACAGAUCUUACAGGAAUCAACGGGGUUGCGUCUGGUUUGCGAAAGCGGGAGGUUGCGCAAUCUUUGGAUCAGCCUCUUCGAUGGAUGGAUUGCGGAGAUCGUCAAGCGACCAUUCGAUUCUCUCCCAAAUCACGAGAAGGAUGCAAUGAUCCUUCGUCUGGACGAAAUGCAAGCCGGUGGUUUAUUCCUCACCGCCCAUGACACCCCCAGCGUCGCUUCUGCCGGAGUCAGGAUGCUGCGUCUGGCGCUGUCUCUUGAUUCCCAUAUCGCUGCAUCCGUGGACAGGCCCCAAUCUGAUCUCUUGGAGAUGCUGCGUGGCUCCGAUGAAGUCCAAUUACGUAUCUUGCAAGGUUUUGAUGAACUCGUCGGGCGAGACACGCUCAAGCGCCUGCAAAAUCUUCGAGAGGCACCACAGGACGACAUGAUCCUCCGUUUGGCUGAAAGCAGCGAUCGCCUCGACAGGCAGAUAUGGAAAUUUACGUUUGCUCGACUGGUGGAGAUUUGCAAUAUACAUCAAGAGCCAGCAUUGAGCCUUUUUCGGGAAACGCUUGUCGCAUCUGUCACCAAAUUGCAUCCAGCCAUGGCUCACCUAUGCAAUCUUCCCCAUCGAGGCUCUCCGGUGUCCGCCAGUCGGGCGCCAGGUGCAAUCAGCGACGUCCGUGUCGUUCAAGAUUACGCGCCUUCGAUAGAGCAGUGGGCCUUUUGGGUCAAGCUCCUUGCGAUCACCGCCACUGUGAACGAGGUCAGAACGCCUGCUCCUGGAACACCCCGAGAACAUUCGCGUGCGCCAUCGACAUCGGCCAUCGACAGGGAUGCGAUGACAACAUGCCGUGGCAUGUAUCGUUACAUGGUCCCAUUCCUCGAAAGCGAGUACACCAUCUUCCGUAGCGCUGCGGCUGUUUGCAUCGGAUCCUUGCCGGCUGCUGCAUACUCUCAACUCCUCGAGGACCUUAAUGCUCUUGCGGGUCGCAACUUCUACGAUGAUGCAAGAACCAAGUCCGCUUUGCCCACCCUCAUUGGUCGCACCCGCAGACAGGAACAGUUCUACACUGCAGUUGCGCGAGUAUAUUAUCUCACAGCUCACCACCUUCAAAGUCAGCGAUCCGCUCAAAGACAGGUCGCGCUCACCCAUGUCCUCAAGUUCGUGCGCUACACCCAGUCGUUCCUCUCGCACCCCGAAGUUCGGGAAUGGGCAGAACUGCAGCGCCUACGAAGGUAUUUCUGUGGCAUUGUCGAACAGGUGUUUGACGGCCUAGCUACCCUCAUGGAUUCUGAUCGAUUCAUCCCUCCCAACAUGCACUUGUCGCUCUAUCGGCUAUGCGAAGAAUGGUGUCAAUUCGGGGCACAAUCUGCGGUCGUAAAACAGCGCUUAGUGACGAUGCAGAUGGACGCUGCCCGGGCCGAGGUAUCACAACGGGAAAAUAUUGAACGCUUUCAGACGGAGACUCGUCGCCUCUCAAAUGCUGCGGUUGGAGCCUUGGCGGCCCUCUGCCAUAAGGCUUACUUUCCUCCUGAUAUGUCGUCUGGUUCGCCUACGGAUAGCAGCUCUCGCGAUUUCUUGAAGCCCCUUCAAGCUUCGACCACCUUGGACCGCCUGAUGUCAAUCCUUGCUUCUUUCACAGAAUCGAUACAGGCGCUUGGCAAGAAGGCCCUGAGGCUGUUGCUCAUCCAUGGAUCUUCCGAUCCCGCUCUCACUGACGAAGCCUUGAAGCGGGCGUUCGUGACUGCUAGUGGUCUAGGGACGAGUAACGGUCGAUUCUUCGAGGUCGUAGCCGAAGUCAUAUGCACUGCCGACAUGCAUCCCUUUUCCUUCGGCCAAAUCGUCAUCCUCGGGUUGUCCAACCUUUGCCAUCCCCUCGUGGAGGUACGCCAACAAGCGUUCAGAAUGCUUGAGGCUCUGCACGAGCAACAUUCGGGAAUGAUUUCGAUGGGACAAUUCGAAGUGGCAAUCGGAAGCUCAUCUCCCAGUAUAUAUCUCCACGCUUGCCGACACGUUUCCGAUCUCCUCGCGAAUGAACACCCGGGACAAUCCCACAGUGUACUUGUUCAGUUCACAGACUGGAUGCCUCGGAUCUGUGACGGAUCGUCUGACAAAUUGGCCUUGCAUCUCUUGCAGUGCUUGGAGUUCUGGUGCUCACACAUCAACCUCAUGGACGAGGACAAAUCCAUUAUAUCCCGUGAAGGUCAAUUCGCCCUCUAUCACCUAAUGGCCCUGACCGUGCGCUACGGUGACUCCUUUCCGGAGCAAAUUCGUACCCUAUGGUGUCGACUCGUCGACCCUCCGCAUCAGUAUAACGGCCAUGCAACUAUUCGAUUCCUCCUUGAACAGGCACCGAAAGUUAACUAUCAAGGUUUUAUCCGCGCGGCCGCAAAGAUAGUGGCUUCACUUUGCGAGAGUGCGAUUGGCCCUUCCAUAUUCGAGGACAUCUGUAGCUUGAUCGGACCCGAUAGGCUUUUGCCAAACCUGGAGCACAAACUAGCCUUCCCACAAUCCGAAGAUCAAGAUCUCUGGAUUGUCCUCGAUAGCCUAUUUCCUGAGCAGCAGCGCUUCGCUCUCGGCCAGGCACAGUUCGCCUUCUUAUUCCUAUCCGACGUAGCUGUUGAGCGACAGUGGGAGAUGCAGCCCCAGCUUCCGGUGCUUCUGCAUGUGAUCUUCACUCAUCUGGAUCAUCGCAUACCCUUCGUCCAAGACCACGCCCGACGUAUGCUGCUUCAAGUUCUGCGGUCAUGGGCCCCUGGAUACAAUGAGAUACCCGAUCGCUCUACGCACGCAUCGUAUCAGCAGGUCAAGCUAAGCAUCCUGGAGAUGGAGGAGCAACUCCAGGCACGCCUGUGGAAGGAGGACGAACCAGCAUCGAAGGUCGUGGAGAAGAUGCGGAAGUUGUCUUCACAAGUCCUGGCGUUACUAUGCCCUCUGCAUCCAAGACUAGCGCACGAAUGGGGGACCUUGGCAGCGCAAUGGGGUACCACAUGCCCCACGAGGAUCAUCGCGUUGAGGUCGUUGCAGAUCUACCGUGCUUUGGCUCCGCCUAUGACCAAGCAUAAUCUAGCUGUCCUUCUCGGCCGACUGUCUACGACUAUAUCAGAUUCCGAAGAGCCGAUUCAAGUGUACACCGCCGAGAUGAUCCUGAUCUUCACGUCCAUGGCUAUAUCGGAGACGCUUGAGCUGUCAUUCUUGCCUCAAAGCUUCUGGGGUGGUUGCGCCUGCUUGUUGACGUCGGUGGAAAGUGAAUUCUCGCUUUCGUUGGCGUUUGUCGGCACCUUGUUACAGCGACUGGAUCUAGGUGACUCCACCACAACAGACGUGAUUUUGUCCCAUCGACCCGCAGACUGGGUCGGACCCAGCGGUCUGCAACCUCUCAUUCUUCCUGGCUUGCGAUCUUCGGAGACCUUGAUGGCGUCGAUGCAGGUUCUGCAGCGCCUUGCCAAGGUCUAUGACAAACGCCUAAUCGAUGACUCGGAUGGUCGCCUGCGGGAUCUAUACGUGCUCGCUCUGCCAUGGUGCGCGCACGCCAUGGCCGAGGAAGACAAUGCAGAACGGUUGAAGGAGUUCGCCAUGGACAUAGCAGAUCUAGCUGAGCAAGAGGAGCGCUCCAGCCUUGGUCGCAUCAUGACGUCCUUCGCCAAGGCGCGCUUUAGGACAAAGGACGACUUCUUGCGAUCCUCCGUGAGCUGUUUGCGAGAACACUAUGCCAACCAGUGGCCGGAGGUCGUUACUCUAUUACUUGGCUUGCUGCUGAAUAGAGAACGAUGGCUUCGUCUGCACACUCUACAGAUCCUCAAGGCGCUGUUCAAGUUACACCGUAUCGAUCUCGCGGGCUCGGAGAUGCUGAUGCCGUUGUUGCGACUGCUCGAGACCGACUUGGCUGACUUAGCUUUGGAGGUGCUCGAGGAACCGUUCACCAUCUCGGGCGGACCAGCUGCUAAGCAUGUUCUCCGCAUGAGCAUACACGCAAAUGGACAGCUCCCUCGACCGGAACCUCUAGGUGAGGUUUUCGGUCUACCAGCGGAGUCAGGGUGGAGUGUCGCCAAACCCGAGCAAGCUAAGGCCAUGUGUCGCCACGACGUCCUAGCAGUGUUCAAUGAAUCUCAGCCUCAAUCUCGGCCCUCUGCCAUCGAUUUCGAGCCCGAGGACGACAUAUUUGCAACAUACGAUGCAGAAGAGGAGCGCGACGAUCUAGGCGAGCUGGUUAGCGACCUUCACGAGCUCAGCAGCUUCUUCCAACGCCGGGAUUCAUUCGCGAGGCCCCGCACCGAUGCCGUACCGAACCAGCGGCUUGAGGCUCGAGUUGCUGCCAUAUUGGCCAAAUCUACGGACGGCCCGAGCAUUCCGCAGACACCAUUCGUCGACGUCUUCCGGGUAGGAUCGAUGUAUUAUAGUUCUUCCUCCGAGCACGAAUCCGGCAGCGAGUCCGAGUCCUCUGACCUUUUCGAGUUCGACAAGCUGUCGGGCCGCUAUUCUCCUGCAUGACCGUUCAUCUCCUCUCCGCUACGCUUUCGACGCUAUCUGAUUAUAUCUACGCACUGUAUCAAACUAACAUAGAGAUCUUAUUAAGGAAGGAACCAUGUAAUUCGUAGCAUACUCAUCCCGGUGCAAUCAUGAC